AUGAUCUGGUAUUUUCGUUUUCUUAUUUUUGUCAGUAUUACGUUCAUUUUGGUCAACAGUGGCAGGAUUAAACGCCAAGGAGGAGCAGGAGGAGGAGGUGGUGGUGGCGGUGGUGGCGGUGGUGGAAGUGGCGGUGGUGAAGGCAUUGGUGAAACUUCAGAAAGUAUAAAUAAUCAAUGCUUGAGAAAAGAUUUAUUUAUUCCAUUGAAAUAUAUCGAUAGAAAUAUGAAAUGUGAUGUAGAGAACUUUUAA